AUGGUGAAACCCAACGAAAAUGGUUUUGGUUCCGGUUCGGUGCCCCCGUUUUUGAAAAAAUGUUACGAUAUGGUGGAAGACCGGAACACGGACUCCGUUAUCCGUUGGAGCGACGGCGGCGAUAGUUUCGUCAUCUCCGACACCACUCAAUUCUCCGUCACGCUCCUUCCCACCUAUUUCAAACACAACAAUUUCUCCAGUUUCAUUAGACAGCUCAAUAUCUAUGGUUUCAGGAAAAUUGAUACGGAUUGCUGGGAAUUUGCCAAUGAAAACUUUGUUAGGGAUCAAAAGCAAUUGUUGAAGAAUAUACACAGAAGGAAACAUCCACAAAUUGCUGCAGAUCAGCAAAAAACAUUAUCUCAGAAUGACAAUUGUGAUGAACCAUCGCCAGUGACACCAACUCAUGGCCUUUGGAAAGAAGUUGAGAAUCUCAAAUCUGAUAAAAAUUCGCUGACCCAGGAGUUAGUCAAACUCAGGCAACACCAGGAAUCUGCUGAGAAUAAGUUGCUGCUCCUGAGUGAUCGCCUUCAAGGAAUGGAAAAGCAUCAGCAGCAGAUGUUAUCAUUCUUAGUCAUGGUCGUCCAAAGUCCUGGAUUCCUGGUUCAACUCCUUCAUCCUAAGGAAAAUAAUUGGCGUUUGUCUGAAUCAUGGAAUGUAUUAGAUCAAGAUAAACAAGACGACAAGCCAAUUGCUUCUGAUGGGAUGAUAAUAAAGUAUAAACCACCAGUAGGUGAAAAACUAAAGCCUGUAGUUCCUCUGUCUCCUUCUUUCGAAAAGCAACCAGAACCUGAGCUCUCUGCAGAUGGGUUAAAAGACUUGUGCAUAAGUUCUGAAUUCUUGAAAGUGCUUCUGGAUGAAAAAUUAUGUCCAUUAGAAAAUCAUUCUCCAUUUCUCCUACCAGAUUUACCUGAUGACGGUUCAUGGGAGCAACUUUUUCUAGGCAGUUCUUUCCUGGGUAACAUUGAAGAUUCCAAUAAAGAAAGUGAGGGGAGUGCUGCUGAUAGCGGAAUGGAUAUGGAACCAACAAUAUCUGAGACUCCAAAUGAAAAUUCUCGAACUUUUGAAUCGAUGAUUGUAGAGAUGGAGAAAAGUCGAGAAUGA